AUGCUUUCAAACUACACCGCCGCGAAGCGUAAACUGAAACCAACGCCUAAUGUCACUGCCUUUUCACAAUUCAAGAACUUGGCUGAAGCGAAUCACUCUGAUGCUUCAAGAAUUGUCGAGAGGUCCAAUCCCGGCCAGUGUUUAAACUUAACUACUCCUGUUCCCCUUCCGCCGCAUGUUAUGAACGUUAUCAAGGAAAGUACCCCUACUAAACUGAACUUCACCACAGUUGAAUCCACCAUAAACAAUUCCGAAAUUGAAAACACUGCAUCAACCACCACUGAGAAAGCAGAAUAUUCAAGAAAGGAAACCACCACCAAAAAAGCAGCUGCAGAUAAUAAUUCAAUUACUGGAACCACCACAAAAUCUAAACAGUUGCAAAUGAAGCGUGUCAAAGAUUGGCGUAUACGCAACAGACAUAUCCGCAUGCAAGCAUUGGUCAGAGCAGAUCAGAAUCCUGGAAACAAACUUUGUGAAUUAGAGGAAGAAGAUAACAAACCUACAGAGUUGCGAGUGAAGCGUGUCAAAGAUUGGCGUAUACGCAACAGACAGAUCCGCAUGCAAGCAUUGGUCAGAGCAGAUCUGAAUCCUGGAAACAAACUUUGUGAACUAGAGGAAGAAGAUCGCAAUCUGACAAAGUUGAAUAUUGGAAAUGUCCACUUGUCCUCCAAACUGCUGGAUCUGGGUAAAACAGUCGUUGAUGGAACUGGAUUGCACAGUAGAGUUCCAGAAUCGAAUGCUGAUGUUGUUAAUGAAAUUGGUAAUGCUGCUGACAUUGCAUCACCUGGAAAAAAUUUGGACACCAACAAAAAAUCUGUGCUUGAUAAUGAUGAAGGUACUGGUAAUAGUGCACAUACCACGGAUACUUUAAAUGAUGCUGAUGGAGAAGGUGUCCCCGGUUCUAAUGAUGCGAUUGUUGGAGAUGCUACUGAAAAUCUGGAAAUCACCAAUGAAAAUUCCGUUGAGAGAAUAGUUACCAAUGUCAAUCCCCUUGUAACUACUGAAGAAGGAUCUCCCUUGAAGAAUGCAGUGAAACCCAAGUGGAAAAGAAUUUUGGGCAACACAUUCAGGAAGAGUCCGGGAAAGGGCAAUAGAUCACAGCUUGAAGGUUCUCAACAAGUUUGUACUACAGUUGCAGUUGAAGCAAUCAAUGAUAAAGUGCAGUCGAAUGGCCAUAUGAAGAGUACUACAGCUCAAAAAUGGUCAAAAUUUGGAAAUGCAUUGAGAAGCCCAUUUUUGAAGAAAGCAGUCAUUAAGGACUCCAAAGAUUUGACUGAACUUGGAAAUACCCAGGUGACUUCCACACUGCAAGUGAACAAAAAGUUUAGAAAUUUGUUCAGAAGAAAAGUGAAGGCGCCCAAGCCUGCUCCCCAUGACGAUGCUUCAAGUGAUGCUGAUGUUGACUGUGAAAGCAGCCAAGAAGAAGUGCAUGAACUGGAAUCUGUUAACGGCGCUCAAAUGGCCAAUGAAAAUGAAACUGAAAACGAACUUGUGGUUGAGCAACCACUGGUUAGAUUGAAUGGUUCGGAAGAGUACGCUACUGAUACUGCUGCUGUUGAUGAACCCGAUUUAAGCUCAUACUUUGAAGAGCAUGAACCAGAAGAUAGACGCCCUUCGGGCUUUAAUGGUCUUUGUGACUUGAAAAGGACGUUCUUCUAUUAUUGGGAGCCAGAAAUGCAAGAGCUUUUCGAGAAACACUUGAAAGAGGAAUACAUGAGCAAGAGUCGCGAAAAGAAGAAGUGUUCUAAAAUGUCAUUUUUCAAGAGUAAGGCGUCUAGUGUGACUGAAUUGGAAACAACUGCUGAUAACUCUGUGAUUGAAAAUGCUUCUUCAUCUGGCGCACAGGCAGAAAGAAGGGCCGCUGAUUUAGCCCCAUUGAACUCUGAUGCUGGUCCAUAUGCUGUUAAUGAAAAUUCUCCAAUGCAUGCGAUUGAUUACGGUUAUGAAGAAAUCCCAACGGUGACAAGUAUUGAUUCAGAACCUAGCAUUGAUGAACCCAUUGUGGCCACUGAAGACAACAAUGAAGUUGGUGAAGACGUUCCUAGAGCUACAAGUUGGGAAUCAAUUAGAUUGAGCCGAUUGUCUGAUCAAGCAGCUGGUAUUGCCGGCUGCCAUCGAAUGGAAACUAAGACACAGAGAUUUAAACAGAAAAUUCAAGCUUUGGGAAAACUGUUUGCAUAUGCAUUCCAUUUCAAGUCAAGAUCAAGCAUCGUUGAAAACGCCGAUGACAAUGACAGAGACGUUGGCAGAGGAACCGUGUCGCCUGAACAGAAUGAGAAUGCAGCAUUGGAGCAACCUUGCAUUAAAAAGAAGAAAAAGGUUUCCAGAAUUGUGAAUUGGAAACAAAAGAUCCAACAUCGUUUGAAGAAAUUGACCAAGAUCGGAGCAGCUGCCGGUUAUGAAAUUGAUACAUCUGUUGACUGGGAAACUUAUAUUGCCACUUUUAGAGCGGAUCGGGCAACUUAUAUUGCUGCUCUUAGAGAUUUUUGUCAGCGACAAUAG